CUCCGCCCUGGCCAUCGGCUCCUGCUGGAUCCCCAACCUCUCGGCUCUCCUGCUCUCGCGCUUCCUCAUGGGCGCCGUCCACCCCACGAUACAGAAGACGGGAUAUAUACUAGGCAUGGAGGUCGCGGAUCCCAAGUGGCGCACGCAUAUCGGCAUUGUAUUGUUUCUGCCAUGGGCGCUUGGUCUCAUGGCGUGGGGCGGGUUCGCUUACCUCGUCCGGGAAUGGCGGAUGCUUCAGCUGACCGUGUCUUUGCUGUGUCUGGCCUUCUUGCCUACUCUGUGGCAAUGGUACGCCCGCACCAAGACGCCCGCGCCCACACCGCGAGAGGCUGGUUCAGAAGGCGUUUGGAUGAAGCAUUUAUUCUUUUCAGAACCCCCCGCCUUCGCACCAUCACCCUCAGCCUGUACACCAACUACCUACUGGUGGGUGCUGUGUACUUCGGCCUCUCGCUCAGCGGCGGCGACCUGAGCUCCGACCCGUUCCUGUACAUGGUGCUGACGGGGGUCGUGGAGCUGCCGGCCUACACGCUGGUCAUCCCCCUGGUGGCUCGCUACGGCAGGAGGGCCCCCGUAGUCGCCUUCUUCUUCUUGACGGCUGCGGCUCUUUGGUGUUGCCCUUUGUGCCCGCAGGUGGGAUCGAUGGUUUUAGCCCUUAUAGGAAAGAUGAGCAUCGCUUCAGCAUUUCAGGUCCUCGACUUGUACUCCUCAGAACUCUUUCCUACUGAGGUUAGGACGAGAGGCAUGAGCACUGCCCAUGUCAUGUCAAGGGUGGGGUCCACUUGUUCCCCUUACAUCAUAGACUACUUGGGCCCCUUGUACCCGUGGGCGCCGUCAGCAGUGUUCGGGGCGGCGUCGGUGCUCGCGGGACUGGCCACGCUCGCCCUGCCGGAGACGCUGCACGUGGCGCUCCCGGACACCAUCGAGCACCUGGAGGAGCGGGAGAUCAGGACUAGGCGCUUAGCCUGGCUCAUGUAG